AUGGUACUACUGCGAAGUGUCGUAACUUCUUUUCGUCUACUUCACACGUCGCGUUAUGCAGGCAAAAGAGGACCUUUAACAAUAGAUGGUUGGUUUCCUCGUGACCACGCUCCGGAUGAAUAUCCAAAAAAUGAAGAGGAACGACGAGCUGCAGCCAUCAAAUAUGGGAUGAGGCCAGAAGAUUACAAACCGUAUGACAAAGAUGAUUAUUAUAAAUAUGCCGGAAAUUACCCGGAUUAUGGUUGUGUAACAUAUGAUCACAAGGACCCACAUGAAAAUUGGAGCGAUCCUCAUUACAGAAGAAAUUGGGGUGAAGGUUGUGUAGUUACUCUUCAACACAGUGACAAAUCUUGGGAUUUCAGAUGGACCAACACGGUAAUUUUGUGCCGUCACUUAAUACCAGCACUACUUUUCUGUUGGUUUUCAAUUCAAACAUGGCCUAAAGGUCGAAAAUGGAAAAACGAUGCUAUGCUGAAGCAAUAUCCUUACGAUAUCAAGCGAGCAUAUCCAUUUACUGAUCCACGUAUUUAUCCUAUUACCAAUUAUACUUUCGAACCUUUAGAUUAA